CACACCACGGACAGCAUGAGUGGGCACGUGGGGGACCUGAGCCCAUCCCAGGAGAGGGUGCUCAGCCAGUUCCGAGAGAACAUCCGGGAUGUGCUGCCUACCCUGCCCAACCCUGACGAUGCGUUUCUCCUGCGCUGGCUCCGAGCUCGGAGCUUCGACCUGCAGAAAUCCGAGGACAUGCUGCGGAAGCACAUGGAGUUCCGGAAGCAACAGGACCUGGACCACAUCCUCGAGUGGCAGCCGCCCCAGGUGGUCCAGCUCUACACAGCCAGCAGCAUCUGCGGCCAUGACAGCGAGGGCAGCCCCGUGUGGCUGCACAUCAUCAGAGACUUCGACCUCAAGGGCCUGCUCCUGUCCGUCUCCAAGCAGCAACUGCUCAGAGACAGGUUUCGCAGCUGCGAGCUGCUGCUGCGGGACUGUGAGGAGCAGAGUCGGAAGCUGGGGAAGAAGGUGGAGCAAGUUACAACCGUGUUUGAUAUGGAGGGGCUGGGGCUGAAGCACCUGUGGAAGCCGGGAGUGGAGUUUUCACAGGAGUUUCUCUCCACACUCGAGGCGAAUUACCCUGAGCUUUUGAAGCGUGUCAUUAUAGUGAAAGCCCCCAAGCUGUUCCCCGUGGCAUUCAACCUGGUCAAGGCGUGCUUGAGAGAGGAGACCCGCAAGAAGGUGGUGAUUCUGGGAGACAACUGGAAGCAGGAUCUGCACAAGUUCAUCAGCCCCGACCAGCUGCCCGCGGUGUUUGGGGGGACCAUGACCGACCCCGACGGCAACCCCAAGUGCCUGACCAAGAUCAACUACGGGGGCGAGGUGCCCAAGAGCUACCACAGGCGCCAGCAGGUGAGGCUGCAGUACGAGCACACGGUGUCCGUGGGCCGCGGCUCCUCCCAGCAGGUGGAGAACGAGAUCCUCUUCCCAGGCUGUGUGCUGAGGUGGCAGUUUGCAUCAGAUGGCGGGGACAUCGGCUUCGGGGUCUUCCUCAAGACCAAGAUGGGGGAGCGGCAGCGGGCAGGGGAGAUGACGGCGGUGCUGCCCAGCCAGCGCUACAACGCCCACCUGGUGCCCGAGGACGGGAGCCUCACCUGUGCGGAGGCCGGCGUGUAUGUCCUGAGGUUUGACAACACCUUCAGCCUGGUUCACUCGAAACACGUCAGCUACACCGUGGAGGUGCUGCUCCCAGACCAAACGCUCCUGGAGAAGAUGGAGGACCAUUCUAGGUGAACCCUGCGGCCGCCACAUCUCUCCAGGGGCCACACCUCUCCCUGGGGACUGAGACCAGCAAAUGCUGGGCCACUGGGACUGAAGCCGGACAAGCUUCAACCUGGGAUCCCUCCCUGGGGAUGGGGAUCCCCCAACAGCACGUCACAGCCUGUCUGGCACAGCUGGCCUGCUCCUGCCACACAGAAGCAGCACACUCUGUCCCCAUGUCACCUCCAGCGACCUCCAGCUCAGGAAAAAACUCCCGGCCUUUUCCUAUGCACCAAGACCAAGAAAAGAGUUACUCUUCCAAAGUAUAGCGUAUUGGCGUGUGAGCUAGCAGUUAAGGGACUCCGUGAGACACCUGCGUCCCAUGUCAGUCCCUGCCAGUGUGCACCAGGGAGCUGGCUCCUGAUGGCUCAAGUGCCUGGCCCCGGCCACCUGUGUGGGAGACCCUGCUGGAGUUCCAGGCUGACAGGUUGGGCCUGGCCCACCCCCAGCUGUUGUGUGCAUCUGGGAGUGGACGAGCAGGUGGACAAUCCUCUGUCCGUCUGUCUCUCCCUCUCUGACUUUCAAAUGAAUAAAUGAACAUAUAAAACUAAAGUGCAGAGUGUUCAUGGAACACCUGACACGUGAUAAGGCCGGCAGGUCAGGAAAUGAUUGGCCUUGAAGAGAGAGUUGAAUACUCACAGUUCCCAAGAGGAGUGCUGUAGCAUACCCUGGGGUGGAGGGAGUGGGAGAACUCGGGGCCAGGGCCAUGGGCGGAGCUAGGCAAGGCAGGUGGCAGGCUUGGGUUGUGACAGUCACAGGAGAUCGGGGCACACGGGCUGCCCUACCUGUUGGGUCCCUGGCCCCGUGAAACCUUAAUAAAGCAGGGGGUUGGACUGUG